AUGUCCACCAUUUGCGAUUACGAUCUCCCUAAGGAGAAACGACCUGAAGGCUCUCGAAACUUCCCUCUCGUUUUCCCUUCCUAUGCCGACAUGCAUUCUGACGUUAGCUCGCCGGGAGGAAGUUCUACCCUAGAGACAUGGGGUCGUGUCUCUGUAGCAUUAGAUCACCGCAUGCCGGUUACCCGAGGCUUCCCUGCUUAUGGCAAAGCUAUCCCGUGGUUGGACGCUGCGUAUCCCUUCGAUAAGACCACGAUCCCUAUCCAAUGCCCCGAGCCAGAGUCAGACGGUCAGGAGUCUACGACGUCCAACACUCCUAAGGUGGUGCUCCCGCCGCAAUUUCAGGACCAGCAUGACUCUGGAAUACGCACUCCCAUCCGUGGCCAUUAUCGAGAGACGUCUCUCCUCCCCUUUGUGUCUGGUGACCCAUUCCAGCAUCAACCUCAGGCACGAGCUAUGCGUGCGCCCCCUGGAUUCUCCCAACAACCCCAAGGCCGAAGCGUCCCUGGACCCCCUAGCUUCCAUGUCUCGACCCAGAACUCUGGUAAUAACGACACUUAUGAACCUGACUUCAAGCCAAGCCGUCGCCAGAUCAUCACCGAUCCUCGUCAGGUCAUAGUCAGCAGCCCCACAUUCAACGCACAGUAUGCUCCAUUGCAAAGCCGCCGUGAGCAGAACCAGGAGGACUUCUGGCUUGCUGAAUCGCACCAGUUGCAGAUGGCGGGCAGUCCAAUGGGCACUUCGAUGGACCCAGACACCCCGUUGUCACAACCUUCGCGUCGAUCGCACCGUACAAGAAGGCUGAACCGCAGACGCCAGACUCUUGCCGACCGUAUGGCUAGGGAGGAGGCCGCUAGAGGCUUCGAUUCAGAAGAUGAUAACGAGUUCUACCCCCAUGCUGACAACUAG